CCUGUUGAUCCUCCAUCGAGGAAACGCCCCAAGGGACCCUCUCUCUCCAUCACCCGGCGAUCGUCCCUUCCCUGCUGUCCGGGGCCCUUACCCACACUUUUUGCCCUCGCUUCCCGACGGAACCGAAUCCAGGUUCCUGACUAUCUCGACUUCCUGCGGGCCUCGUUCAAUCAACACUCCGUCAUCUCUCUCCUGGACCUCACAUAUUCACGUUCUCAAACUCCCUUUCGCAAACAUCCAACACGAACCACCAUGCCUUCCUCCAGCCAAAAGCCAGACCUCGCGUCCUCCCUUUCCAAGCUGUCAAUAGACAACUCCAACAAGAAGCCCGCCGCCAAGAAGAUUAAGGAGCCGGUGGCGGAUUCCUGGGAAGACGAGGACGAGGACGACGACAAAGAAGAGCGGGAGGGGACGGCGACGCCCCAGGCCGACGGCUCCAAGGCCCCGCCGCCGACCCCCAUCACCCCGACGUACAGCGCGGCAGACCGGUCAUUCUCUCCGUACGCCGCCGCCGACCCCUCCGCCCCUUUCGCCUCUUCCGCUCCGGCAGCCGGCAGCGGCAGCAGCGGCGCCCGCAGACCGGAGAAGACGGACGCCGUGGCGCGGCGCAUGAUCGCCAGCGCCCUCGGCGUCAAGGUGCCCCGUAUGACGGAGGAGCAACGGGCCUAUGACAGGGCCGUCAAGGAGAAGGAGCGCAAGCGUCGGGAGGAGGAGAAGGCUGCCGAGAAGAGGCGGCUGGAGGCCGCCGAGAAGGCCAAGACCGCCAUCUGGGAGGACUAGGUAGGGGGAGGGUUGUCCCUGCCUCC